GCUGCGUACGUUAGCAUUCUAAUGUCGCUAAAAUAGAAAAACCCCAUGUAUAUAAUUUCAAAUACUUUCGGAAUUAGGGUUUCGUUUCCUUCUCUCUCGUUUUUUUGUAGUCUUUGGUCUGUCUCUUCAAUCCAGCUGAAGUAUGAAAAAGGUCAAAGCUUUGAAUUUAGUUAAGGAGAAAAAAUGUAUGUAUUUUUUGUUUUUAGGGAAUUUUGAGUGGAAAACAUGGAUGAAGGAGAGGGAGGGGAUCAGAUGGAUCAGUUCCAUAGAAACGAGGCGAUCUCAGCCGUUGCUGACGAGGGUUUUUUGGGUGAAGAAGAUGAUGAUUAUGAAGAUCUUUACAAUGAUGUUAAUGUUGGUGAAGGGUUUCUUCAAUCUCUAAGGAAGAACCAAGAUUCAGGGUUUAGCAAUGUGGAAACCAAUAGUAGUGCAAAUAGGAAUGAUGAUAUUAAUAAUAAUAACAACGGUGGUGGGAAAGUUGGUGGUUCACCAAUGGGUGUAACAGAAUCUGGUGUCUCAAUUCCAGGUGUUGCGGGUGGUGGUGAAAGAGGGGAUUCUAGGGUUUCUUAUGAGAGUCAAGGGUUUAGAGGUGGUGGUGAUGUGAAGGGACCUAGUGGGAGUGUUAGUGGUGGUGGAGGUGGGCUUAGAAUUGAAUUUGCGCAGGCGUCAAGUAAGUUGAAAGAUAUGCCUGAGGAGCAGAGUGGGAAUAAUAAUAGUAGUUUAGGUGGUGUAGGUGGUAUUGGACAGCAGGGACAUCGUGUAGGGAAUGUUGGGAGUGUUGGGAAUGAGGGUUUGACGAGGCAAGGAGGAGUAGGAGGUGGGAGUGUGAAUGGUGGUGGCAGUGGCGCUGGUCCUAUAGUUGGGAAUGGGGGCGGAAAUGUGGGUGGUGGUGGUGGUGGUGGUGGUGGUGGUGUUGGUGUUGGUGUUGGUGCAAGUGGGGGUGGAAGUGUUGGUGGGACAAUAUUGUUUGUUGGAGAUCUGCAUUGGUGGACAACAGAUGCUGAACUGGAGUCAGAGUUGUGCAAGUAUGGGCCCGUGAAGGAGGUGAAGUUUUUUGAUGAAAAAGCAAGUGGGAAGUCAAAGGGAUAUUGUCAGGUUGAGUUUUAUGAUCCAGCAGCAGCCACAGCUUGUAAGGAGGGAAUGAAUGGGCAUAUGUUUAAUGGAAGGCCUUGUGUUGUUGCCUUUGCAUCGCCAUUUACUGUUAAGAAAAUGGGAGAGGCUCAGUUACAUAGGAAUCAACAACAGGCUUCUUUUUCGCAAGCUAGGAGGGGCCCUAAUGAUGCUGGGGUUAAGACUGGUGCCAGUAACAUUCAAACUGGAGGGAAUUAUCAAGGAGGGGAUAAUAAUAGAGGUUAUGGGAGAGGGAAUUGGGGAAGAGGCAAUGCUCAGGGGAUGGGAAAUAGAGGGCCAGUUGGUCCUAUGAGGAAUAGGGCUGGUGGGAUGGGAGGUAGGGGUAUCAUGGGAAAUGGUGGGAAUGGAUUUGGACAAGGUCUUGGUGCGACGCCUCCUCUCAUGCACCCGCAGGCUAUGAUGGGUCAAGGUUUUGAUCCAGCUUUUGGUGGACCCAUGGGAAGAAUGGGUGGUUAUGGAGGGUUUCCUGGUGCUCCCACACCCCCAUUUUCCGGGAUUUUAUCUUCGUUCCCUCCUGUUGGAGGAGUUGGUUUGCCUGGAGUGGCUCCUCAUGUUAACCCUGCAUUUUUUGGAAGAGGUAUGCCCAUGAAUGGUAUGGGGAUGAUGCCCACAAGUGGUGUAGAUGGGCCUAAUAUGGGAAUGUGGUCAGAUCCCAACAUGGGAGGAUGGGGUGGUGAUGAGCAUGGUGGUGGGAGAGCUGGAGAGUCUAGUUAUGGAGAGGAAGCUGCAUCUGACCAUCAAUAUGGAGAGGUUAGUCAUGAUAGAGGAGGUUGGCAAAAUCCCACAAAAGAAAAAGAUAGAGCUUCAGAAAGGGACUGGUCAGGUUCAUCCGAAAGAAGGUAUCGUGAUGAUAGAGAACCGGGGUAUGAUAAAGACAUGCCUAGGGAGAAGGAUAUGGGUCUUGAACAUGAUUGGCCAGAAAGAAGGCAACGGGAUGAUAGAGACAUUGUUCGAGAACGUGAUAGGGAGCGUGACAGGGAUAGGGAGCGCUCUCGAGAUCAUGUUCGUGAUCGUGAUAGGGAACGUGAUCGGGACAGGGAUAAGGAUCGAUAUAGGGAAGACAGAGACAGAUAUGCAGAUCAUCAUAGGUACAGGGACCGUGACCCAGAGCAUGAUGACCAUGGACGGUCAUCAAGGACUCACAACAGGUCACGAUUAUCUCAGGAGGAGGAGCAUCGCUCAAGAUCUAGAGAUGCUGAUUAUGGGAAGAGGCGACGACUUACCUCAGAGUGACUUAUCUGACUCUUCUUAUAGCAAAAACUUUCUGUUAAGAAAUUUUUUGAAAAGAUCAGUCACUACAGAAACUUUGGGUUCAUCAUCCUCUUUUGACUUCUCUCUCAAGUGGUGGUGUUGUGGUCAUCAAUUCAUUAGCCAUUCUCAGUUCAUUGCCUGAAUUUGUUGAUUGCUUCUCUUCCCUUCGAGUGUCUCAAUUUUACAUAAAAUGACUUGAAGGUAUUUGAUCUUGAGAUUUGAAGCUGUUCAACAGAGUUAUCUUGGAGAUGGAGAUGAUCUCAGCCUCGAAAAUUUGAAAGAGACAGUAGAUGGCAUUUCCUUUUGCCAGCGUUCAUGUUGAAGUGGAACUCAUGCUUUUAAGUUUUAAACUUUUGCAUUUAUGUUUUAGUUUAUUAGCACUUGAUGAAACCAAUGUUAUGGAUAAUGUAUGACUUGAAACUGCUGAAGUCUGAGAUGUGGUGGAAUAUUUCAGAACUUAAAGUUUGAAUGUGAUGUAAUAGGACUUAGCCGAGGAUGUUGCUGAUCUGCAUUUUCUGUUGGCUAGUUGUUGUAUCAUUUUUACCCCUCCUUUUUUGUUUUUCUUUUGUUUAGUUUUAGCGUACCGCUAUGUUAACCAUGUGAUUUUUUGUGAAGGGAGAUGUAGAAUACUAACCAUUCGAGUAAUGCCAUUGUUAAAGCCUUGAGAAUUGUACAAAAUUACUUUGUAUAUAUAGAAAGAUUUUUAUUCGAGC